UUCACUAAAAUAACUUCUUUUUUUCACCUUUCCUCUCCCCUCCAACUUGUCAUUGAAGAAUGCUCAAACUGUAUGGCUCAAAUGUAAAGACUUUUAGCCCACAGCAGAAAAAUUUCAGACAAAUUGAUCAGGUUCAACAGCAAUGAGAGAGUAAAAUAAAGGUCCUGUGUCUUGAUUUUUAGUAGUCAUGAAUCUCAAACCUGGUCAUUAUUAAGUUGCUUCCAUUAUAUUGUGUGCAUUUGACCAACCUUCCACUGUGUGCUGAUGUGAUAUACCAAAACAGAAGUGGAUUUAGAAUUAAAAAUCUGAUGUUAAAUAAUUUUGUCUUUAUGUAGUGGAUCAUAGUCUUGCAGUCUUUAACAGCUGUAUUUCUUCUGAAUGUGAAAGGAUAGAAAAGAAAAACAAAAUUCAAGAAAUUAAAGAGAGAGGCCCUUCUUUCCUCAUGAAGUGUAGGAGUUUGAAUCUCCAUGUGUAAAAAGGAACUGAAAUUGCUUGUUGCAGUACUCAGCAUCCAUCUUUUAGCUUUCUAAAUCUGGAUCUGCCUACCAGGAUGUCUGAAAAAAGGGAUGUGAAACGCUUCCUUCAUUUUACAGUGCUUUAAGGGAUGAUGACACACUUGUAAAGAACUGAGAAGAAAGAUAAGAGAGGGAGAGCAGCUACACAGUUUGGUGUCCUGGAAUAAUGCUUGAAAUGCAGUAGCCUCCUGCCUCCAGAGUCUUCAGGCCACAGGAACUUUCUGACUCUAAAUCUUAGGGCAGUCUCUUAAAGUUUGUUUUCUCAAAUCGUAACAGGUUUGCUUCAUAAAAAAGAAAUGGAUUGCUAAUGACAUUUCUUUUGGCAGAUCUCUGAAAUAUGUCUCGUGUCUGUGUGUGUCUCAUUUGUCCAUCCAUAUUUGUGUCACACUAAGCAAUGUUAUCUGUUUUGGGUUCAGGGGUUGAACUGAGCUGAUUGUGUAGCUCACCUGUUUGCUUUGUAAGCAAAACUGAGGCAGAGUCUCAGGAGUAGCUCUGUCUUUGGUUGUCAGCUAACCUGCUCUUCUGAGGAACCUCAGGUGAUGGAUGAUCCAAGCUGGUCUUAGUGAUGUUUUUCUCUUGCCUUUGAAAUCAGUUGACUACACAUGAAGAAACUGAGUAUAGGCUGCUUCGUCUCCUCCCCCUCAGUGGAAAUUUUAGCACUCUCAGCUGGAGCUUAUUGCCCCCACAGACCAAAUUGUUUAAGAAAUGACAUCUCAUUGUUUUCCAACAGGCUCAAAGUUAGCCAUCAAGAUAUCCAAUCUACAACAUUAUGCUAUUCUCACUGAAGGCAAGAGAAGUUUCCACUAGCUGUUUCUACAAGGUCAAGUCUUGCAAAGUUUAUUUUCUUUGUGAAUAAAAAAAGGACUGUACCUGUCCUGUGGUAAGUAUCUACUAGCUCGGGAUUUGAGAGCUCUUGAUAAUACUGCAAAAUGCAUCUAUUAAAUAAGAACAUGGAAGAAGGAAAUCCUGCAGUGCUUUCUGAAUCUGAAAUGAAUUUGCAAAGAAAAAUCUUAAUACAUUACCUGAUGUAUGAAAAUAGCUGUUAUGAUACAAAUACGUAACUUCCCAUUUGGAAAACCCUCUUCAGCAGCAGGCAAUAGUUACCCUGCUCACGUGCUCAAAGGAACCUGUUUCACUGCACUUGUGGUGAAUUGUGAAUCUGUUUUUUCUUCUUAGGCUUCCAGAACAAGCAGGAGCUAUUCAGUUUCGGUUGUUUUUGGAGAAGAAGUGAGAAGUAACUAAAGAAAAUGACUCUGAUUAUUUUUUUUGUAAUGUUGAUAAUGGAAUCUGCUGCUGAGAAGCUGUGCCCCCUUCGUGCCUCCAUUGAUAUUCUAGAAGGAGAAUAUUUUUUCCUUUGUUAUCUUGAGUCAAGGCAAGAACAUUUUCAGGAAGAAGCAUACACAAUAAAUUGGUACAAAGAAACUGCUGGAAAGCAGCAACUGAUAAAGGAAACAAGCAGAAUUGUUUCACAAAUGAAUUUUCUGGAGUUUUGGCCAGCUGAACUCAGUGACUCUGGGAAUUACUCUGUCAUUCACAGCAAUGGAAAACAAAAUGUCACAAUUCAAAAGUGGACUUUGAAUGUACUUGAAAGAAAUAAAAGCAGCUGUUUCAAUGAAAAUCAUUUAACUACAGAAAUUAAAAGUGCUGGAGUUGGUCAUUCACUGAAAUGCAAUGAUUUGUCUGUCUAUGAAAAUGACAGCAUAACAUGGUACAAGGACUGUAAGAAUUAUGAACACGAAACAGAGAGGGAACUAAAUUUUAGAUCCUUAACAGUCCAGAACUCUGGGAUAUAUACCUGUAAAAUUUUAAUCAGUCGUGAAGGAACGAUAUAUCAUAGCACAAAUACAAUUAAACUUGUAGUAGAAGAAGAUGCACCAGAGGCUUUCACUUUGGAGAUAGUUGGACAUCAUGAAGAAAUUGAAACAGAAAUAGGUAAAGAAGAGAUACUCAAUUGCACAGGUUUCUUGGGUAAUUAUAUGAAAGAAGAUGCCAGCCUCUACUGGUUAAUUAAUCAAACAUUUCCAGAGCAAUGCACAGGUAUCCCCGAGAAUGAACCUUCAAUAUGUGAAGAAGAACUCAGAAAACUACAGUUGGGAAACAAGUUCUAUAUCACAAGGUUACUACGGAUUAAAAAAGUAAGAGAUGAAGACAUGCAUCAUAAUUUCACCUGCAUGUUGCAAGCUGAUGAAAGCACACGGAUAAAAAUAGUAAAACUGAAGAAAGGGAAGACUCAAGACCUGCCUGUGCACAUAUUUACCACUGGAAUGGUCCUUGCUCUGCUAUUUCCAUUUGUUGCUGUAGCUUUGGUGUUUGUGUUUGUGGUGUUUAGGGUCGACUUCGUUCUAUUUUACAGAAGUAUAUGCAGGAGAGAUGAUACUGCUGGAGAUGGAAAAGAAUACGAUGCAUUUGUGUCUUACCUGAAAGACUGUGUUUCUCCUAUUGAAGAAGAGAGAGAGUUUGCUUUGAAGAUAUUGCCCAUGAUAUUAGAAGAAAACUUCGGGUACAAGUUAUGUAUAUUUGAGAGGGAUGUAUUCGCUGGAGGAGCAUUUGUUGAUGAUAUCCAUUCAUUCAUUGAUAAAAGCAGAAGAUUAAUCAUUAUACUGAGCCAGAACUACGUUUCUGACAGAGCCAUAUAUGAACUUGAGAGUGGACUGCAUAAAGCUCUAGUUGAAAGAAAAACUAAGAUAAUAUUAAUUGAAUAUAUGCCUAUAAGUGACUACAAUUUCUUGCCAGAAUCACUGUCACUUUUACCAUCAAAGAGGGUGGUGAAGUGGGAAAAAGAUAAAUCUCUUCCCGUGAAUUCCAGAUUUUGGAAGAACCUUCGGUACCUGAUGCCAGCAAAGCCUAUCAAGAUAAAGACCAGGGGGCACUAUAAUAAUCUUGAUUUAGGCUCAGAAGCUGAUCAACCCUGGAAUGAGGGCUGUGGCUUUAAUGCAAUUGUAUAACAAUUCUGGAGACAGAAGCUGUAGCAGAAAACUGUAUGUUUUGCUAACUAAUAGAACGAAAUAAACUAAUAUUUUGGGAAAUAGGUUGAUUAAGAGGACAGCUCUGAGAUCCGAGAAGAGUGCAGAAGUUAUUGCAGUGGCCAGGAUGAUGUUAAUCCCAAUUGCUAAAUCCUAUCUCAGAGAAGGUUUCCUCAGCAACUGCACAAGCAACAGAAGUUUCAUUUUGCUUAGGAACUACCAUAUGGCACGAAGCACAAUGCAUUUUUAUUUCACAGUUUUCAGUGAUGUAGAAUGAUACUAGUUUUACUUGCAUAUACUCUUUAGGCUCUUCAAUAAAUAAAUCAGUACUUGCAAUCUCUUAUUAUUAUUUAGAUGCUCUUUGUUUUGUAUUUUGGUAUUUUCUAAGGAUUCUGAUUGUAAGUAGACCCGAACAGCUCCUGCCUUAAAGAGCUUGGCAUGCAGGCUUUGGGCAAAAUCAAGUAGAAAAAACCCAAACCAACAGAGAAAAGAGAGGUUAGAAAGAGUAGGGCAGUUUGGGAUGCUUUAACAGUAUUUACUACUGAAUUGUACAUGGUCUACAACUGGGAAUCAUUUGAAGGAAUGGUAAAGACUGUUUACAUCCCGUUUCACUGAGAAAAUUGUAAAUGCUCAUUUUGACAGGGAGAAGAGGGGGUUGGGAUAUAAAUAAUGGUAUUUUGUUCAUGGAUGCUGACACCACACUGGAACUAAUUGCCCAGAGAGGGUGUGGAAUCUCCCUCACUGGAGAUAUU